GUAAAUAUCAACAAUUAGUAAAUGAUGGAAUAUUAAAAGCACAAAGGUUUAUAGAAAAAGAUUUUAAACAAAGUAUGCUGGAAAAACGUGGCGAAUUGAUUUAUGGAACUAAAGUAAAUACCAGUGAGAAAGUUUCAGCUUUUCGUAAAAAAUUGGAUUGUAUUAUAGAAAAUGGAGAGUGGCAAAUAGAUUUAACACCCAGACCCGUUAUAAGGCAUAAACAAGAACCAUUAUUUGGCAAAUGUGAUAGAAAUAAUCAUUAUUUACAACAAGUACAAAAUUCACCAUCAGAAACUGAUAAAGCAUCAAUUAAAGAAUAUUUUGAAAAUUCAAGAGCUUCAGUCAAAUAUCUAUGGAAGAACAAACAUAGAGAUGAAACAUGUAGUUUACCGAAAUUUACUAAAAAACAAGCUUGUAAACUUUUAUCAGGUCGAAGAAUUUCAAUAUAUGGUGAUUCAACAAGUUUCCAACUUCAUGAUUUGCUCGUAGAUUAUUUUCGUGAAGGACCACUUCAAUGCUAUGGUGAGUUAUUUUGUAAAGAUCAUAUUUUAUGCAAGGUAGAAGAUAAUGACGACCCUGAGAAACCAGAGUUUAAGGAGUCAUCGGUAAAAUUCAUUAGAAGCGAUCAUUUAACCGUAAGCAAUGCUUUAUUUGAAUCGGGUGUUGUAGAUUUAAAUGAUAUUUCAAUUGGUUGGAAGGCUUUUAUUGGAUAUUAUAAUGUUAUAAUUCUUAAUACAGGUCAUCAUUAUCAAGAUGACGAAUUAUUUAUCGCAUCACUUAUCACAAUGGUCAAUUUCGUAAGAGAGAGAUCACCUAACUCUUUAAUAAUUUAUAAAGCCUCAACGGUUGGACAUUUAAAUUGUAGUAAUCUACAACAUCCAUUAAAAGAUGAAAGAUCAUAUAGCGAGAUUGAUGAGUUGCCUUAUAAUUGGAAUUUGAUUCAUAAACAAAAUAUAAUGGCCAAAAAAAUUAUUGAAGCUGCUGGUGGUGUUUAUAUGGAUGUUGAGAAAUUGAUGGAAACAG